AUGUCUCCAAAACCAUCCGCAAGGCCUCAGAGCCCUCGAAACUCAGAAUCAGACGAAGCACCUCUCCUCUCCCGCAACCCCUCACCUCACUCCCCUCCGCCCCCAAAACCGCCUGUAUCAUGGUCGUCCCUUCCAAACAAAGGCCAACUCGCUGUGAUUCUCCUCGCGCGUCUCGCAGAACCCCUCAGCGAGCGCUCCCUAGCUUCAUACCUCUUCUUUCAGCUCCAAUGGUUCAAUCCCGAUAUUGAUCCUUCGGAAAUUCCGAAGCAGAUGGGCUAUAUCACUGCAACGUUUGCCGCUGCACAGUGCCUUACGUCUAUGUGGUGGGGGAGGGCGGCUGAUCAUCCGAGACUGGGGAGGAAACGUGUCUUGCUGAUUGGGCUUGGGGGGUCGUCUUUGUCGGCUUUGGGGAUGGGGUUUUCGAGGUCGCUUGGGAUGGCGUUCUUUUUUCGGUUUUGUGCGGGGGCGUUGAAUGGAAAUAUUGGGGUUUUGAGGACAAUGGUCUCUGAAAUCGUUCCUGAGAAGCGGGCUUUCCUCCUACUACCGAUGUGCUUCAACGUCGGAGUCAUUAUUGGACCUCUCCUGACAGGUUUCAUGGCUGAUCCCGUUCACACGCUCCCUGGAAUCUUUGGUCCAGGCUCUCUCCUUGGCGGAAAGAAUGGCGUGCAAUGGCUCGAGAAGUUCCCUUACGCCCUGCCAAACCUCUUUUGCUUCUCAAUCCUCAUGUCAGCCUUUUUUCUAGUCAUUCUUGGCCUUGAUGAAACACACUCGCAUCUUCGACAUCGCCCUGAUCCGGGACGCAAGCUUGGAAAACUUUUACUGCGAAUCAUUCUCCGCCGAAAGAAGAAUGAGCAUCUUUAUAUAUCUAUCAACACUGAGGAUCCGUCUGAGGAGCUGAUGGAUCAUGACGCGGACCAAGAAUCCGGGGAAGGUUCAAGACCAGCUAAAACAUACAGCAAGACACGUCCUCCAUUCCGAGACGUUCUGACAAAGAAUGUCUGUCUAAAUAUGCUACAGCGCUUUCUGCAAUCGCUUCACGUCUCGGCAUUCAACUCCAUUCUUUUCAGUCUUCUGCCCACACCUAAAGCAGAUUCUACUGAUUUCCAUCUACCCUUCCGCUUCACUGGCGGUCUAGGUCUGUCAAGUGAGAGAAUGGGCUUGGCCAACACAAUCAUCGGGACGAUCGGCAUCCCUCUUCAACUCUUCAUAUACCCCAGACUCAUCGGCAAACUUGGGGUAAAGGCUUCAUACAGUGCUUUUCUUCCACUGAGCAUUGUCGCCUAUUUCCUUCUACCGUAUCUUGUGCUGUUGCCAGACAAUACCGCUCUGGUGUGGACUUGUCUUUCUGCCGUUUUGAGUCUGCAGGUACUGUCUCGAACAUUUGUAAACCCUGCUACCAUGAUGCUUGUCAAUGAUUCUGCACCAAGUCCGAAUUUGCUGGGUACGGUCCAUGGUUUGGCCUCGAGUAUUUCGAGUGCUGCUCGGAUUAUGGGACCUACGGUUGGUGGAACGUUGCUUGGAUGGGGUCUUGCUCAUAAUCUUGUUGGACUGCCUUUAUGGGUCUUGACGAUUUUGGCUUCGGCAAAUUGGGUUAUUUUGUGGUGGAUUGAGGAUGUGAACAUGUCUGAAUGA